UUAAUUAUAAAUAAAAAAUAUUUUAUUGAAAAAGUCUUAAUUGCACGAAACGUUUGAAACAUAUAUUAUUUUUGAGGCCACAUAUUAUGUGAAAAUUUCUGAUUUAUAAAUUGCAAAAUGGAAACAAGUAAUAAACGACGAGGGGGCUGUCUCAUUGCGCAUGCAAUACGCAUUCAUAGGUUAAUUUAAUUUUAUCUUCAUUCUUGUGCUUUCUUCAUACAUUUUUUUGAGUGAAAAUUUUCAUUGAGAAGUUUGAAAAAUGGGGUCAUGCAAUUAAGGUCAACUUUCACUAGCCGAGUGAGAACAUAUGAACGAAAACUUGUAAUAGGAAAGUUGGUUCAGAUUGUAUAUGUUGAAGGCAGUGCCUAAACUCCCAUCACAUAUUUUUCAUUCUCAACAUGUCUUUAUCAAAGUUAUGUGCAACUCUAAUGAGGCAAAGAAACCUUUCUGUGGUUGUAACACAAGUGAAGUAUUUCCAUACGAAUAAUUUUUUGUGCACUAAGUUAGCACAGGAAAAGAAACCUGACUGGAACAGAGCAGUAAGUGAAGCGGAGAAAAUCGUGGGAUAUCCUACUUCAUUCCUAAGUCUGAGAUGGUUAUUAAGCGAUGAAAUUGCAAACGUUGCUUUACAUUUAAGAAAACUGGUCGGGUCGAACCACCCUCUCCUCAAAACCGCCAAGAAUUUGCUCUACAAUGGCAAAAACAACAUGCAAGCGUGGGGCCUGAUCGUCCUCCUUGUUUCCAAAGCGGCAGGUCACACCUCCGACAUCCCCGACCUUGAGCAAGACAAGGCCGCCGGGGUCCUCCACAGUCAAAGAGCCUUAGCUGAAGUCACUGAAAUGAUCCGCACAAGUCAUCUAGUCCACAAAGGCCUCGUCAACCUCCAACCCUCGGCGGCCACUGACGCCUCGGGCGACAUGAUGUUUGGCAACAAAAUCGCUCUUUUGAGCGGCGAUUAUUUACUGAGUAAUAGUUGCACAGAAUUGGCGAAUUUGCGAAACCAGGAUUUAGUUGAAUUGAUGAGUUCUGCGGUCCGGGAUUUAGCCGAGGCUGAAUUCGUAGGGCCUAGAGAUAAGCAGAACAAUCCUUUACCGGCGAGGCCGCGCUCGGAUAUCGUCGAGUAUAAGCAGUUUACUGAUAAGACUUUGGAGCCUUUGGUUGUGAGCGAAGCUCUGGGGAACGCGAGGGCCGAGUGGACUCUAAGACAUGUCUUGAAUGCAGGCAGUUUAUUGGGUAAAUCCUGCCAAGGCACUCUGAAACUAGCAGGUCAUCCUCUUGAGCUUCAAGAACAGGGCUAUUUAUUUGGAAAACACUUAGCCUUAGCUUGGCAAGCUUGUCUAGACCGUGAACCUUUUCUUCCUGGGACUUCUGGACCCUUUAGUUUAGUCUGUGCCCCUGUAAUGUUUACACUACAACAUGAUCCUUCUCUUUAUGAAGAGAUCGAAAAGGGGCAAGAAACUGUGGAUGAUGUCGACUAUGAGGCUGUUAGAAAGGCAGUUCUAGCUGGGCCUGGACUCGACUUGACCAAAAAAUUACAAAAGGAACAUUCCACUGCUGCUUUGGAGGUUUUAAACCAGUUACCAGCGUCAGAUGCAAGAACGGCUUUGGCUAAUAUUAUUGCUGCAAUGCAGGAUUUGUAAGAAAAUAUUUUAUUUAUAAAGAUAUUCGCGCAUUUGUUAUUAUAUAGCUCUCUUUGAAAGUAUUUUUAAGAGCCCACACUCUUUAUUUUUUAUUACUUUAUUCAGUUUUGAUCACAAAAUACACUUGCGGAUAGGUUAAUAUGUUGAUAAAUUUAACAGGGACCAGUUGUUUGGCAAACUAAUGAUCUGUGAUACAAUAUACCAUUUUGAUAUGAUGUAACAAUAGAAGAAAAGAAAUCUUUGUUUCAAAAACACGCUACUGAUUUUACUUGUUAAUUAAGAAUCAUUAGUGAUUUUUUUGGACCUGAGAUGUGAUUUUUUGGAUUUAUAUAAGUAUUGGUGAAGGUUUUGUACAAUUUUGCAGAAAAUAUAUUUUAUUUACAAAAAAAAAUGUUUUUAAAUUUGACAAAUGUUGCAUACACAAUAAUAUGUUCAAAUAUCCCUAGAUCAUAUAGAGGCCUUAAAAAUGGCGCUUGUUUCGAACUUUGAUCUCUUUUUCAAUUUAUAAACAUUUAGAACAGCUGUCAUGUAAUCAGUUUUACGCAAAAACACUAACAAAUGGAUUAGAAGGGUCCUAAACGACGUCAAUCCUACUUCACCAGUGGUUGUGUAAAUAAUACUGGAUAAGUGUCUUAGUUUAGAAAUGGAAACUAUUACUAACCUUGAUUUAUUAUGUAACUAGUUGUUGACCUUAAAGAUACACUAGUUUUUCCGCAUCUUGCGAAAUUGCCGAAUCUCACAAAAAAAUGCUAGUCGAAGAGGGAUUUUAAGCAGGAAUUUGUCAUUCCUAACUCGCAAAGCUGACGAAAAUUCUAAACGGAAUAGUGUAGUUAAAGAAGCAGAAAAAGUUGUUGGUUAUCCAACAUCAUUUUUGAGUCUAAGA